GGGUGGUAUGCAAGGGAAAUAGGAAAAUAUAAGGAAGCAGAGGAGAUGUCCCGAGAUGCAUUAGAGGCACAGGAUGCUGCUUUAGGAGCAGAGCAUCCCGUCACACUAGCGAGCGUGAGCAACCUAGCGUUGGUGCUGCGAUACCAGGGGAAGUACGAGCAGGCUGAAGACAUGAACCGACGAGCGCUGGAGGGGAGGGAGAAGGCGCUGGGGAAAGAGCAUCCCGACACGCUGACGAGCGUGAGCAACCUAGCGUCAGUGCUGCAAGACCAGGGGAAGUACGAGCAGGCUGAAGACAUGAACCGACGAGCGCUGGAGGGAUGCGAGAAGGCGCUGGGGAAAGAGCAUCCCGACACGCUGACGAGCGUCUAUUGCCUGGCGUACUUACUACCACAGCGGCAGCGGUAUAAAGAUGCAUCACCACUCUACCAGAGAGCCUGCGCUGGCUAUUAA